UUGCUCUUGUGUUUGUCUCUCUUCCUUCCCUUGUCUUCCUCCGUAGCGGUGAUCCUGCCAACCGUUUGGGCUUAUCUGCAAAAGCUUAAUGCUGAACCAUACUUCUUGGGAUUGGCCCUCUCCGCGUUUAGCUUUGCUGGCUUAAUCACAGGUCCUUUCUUUGGAUAUUGGUCAGAUCGUACCCGUCGCACCAAGGGUAGCAUCCUCUUUGCCAACUUGUUUCAGAUAGCAGGAAACUUCAUGUACUUUGUUGGUGGCUCCAAAUGGAUGCUUCUCAGUAGCCGACUAGUAGCAGGGGUGGGAACUGGAGCAGGUGCCUCCAUCUUUGGCUAUCUCACCCGUUCUACCACUACCCAGGAGAGGUCCACGGUCUUCGCGGCUGUCAUGGCAUGCCGCCAAGUUGGGCUACUUAUUGGGCCAGCCUGUAACCUUUUCCUGCGCCUCUGCAACUUCCAUCUGGGACCCUUUGUGGUCAAUAAGUUUACAUCCCCUGGGCUCUUCAUGUGCCUGGUGUGGAUUCUGCUUCAGAUUAUUGUGAUGACAAUGUACUAUGACAUACAGCCACCGACUCACGCUGCAAGGACUGUCCCAACGGUGCAGCGGGAUGUCUUGGAAGAGGAGGAGAAGCCACUUAUAUGGCAUGAGGCUGGCCAAGAAGAAGCCACAGAAGGAAACUGCUAUGGCAGCACCCCCGUGGGACCUCCCCAAUCUUCCCUCGGUGACGAAUGCCGAUAUGUGCCCAAUGGACACUUGGCAGAUGAAGAAUCAGCUGAAGAAGAGAAGAACCCCUUUCAUCAUUUUAGCUCCAUGAGAGAAUACUUGCGGGAGGAAGUGGUGGUUCUUCUCACCGCCCAGUUCAUUACUCUCUUCAAUCAAACGGCGCUGGAGACCAUGGUGACGCCAAUUACACAGAGAUAUUUCGGUUUUGGAGAACUGGAGAACAGCAUCAUGUAUUUCCUGUGUGGUGUGGAGGUCAUUGGUGGCUUCUUCCUGGUGCGCUUCCUCAGUGUUCGGCUAUCGGAUCGGAUCAUCUUGCUCCUAGGUCUGGUCAUCUGCAACAUAGCCUGUAUCUGGUGCCUGCUGUUCCUGACCCACCCCCAAGGUACCAUUGCUGUCCUCCUCAUGGAGCUGGUAGUAGGGGUCUUCUUGCAGGUCUUGGGUCUGCCCUUUGUCGCUGUUUCCCAAGUGUCGCUCUUUUCUAAGGUCACAGCUGAGAGAACACAAGGGUUCAGCCAGGGGCUCCGUCGCUCUGUCGGGGGAAUUGCCACCAUCCUUGGGCCUUUGUGGGCUGGAGGGUUGACGGAUAAUCUGUACAUCAUGCUAGGUGUGAUGAUGGGCCUCCUGAGUCUAUUGAUGAUUAUGGUGGGGCUGUCCUACAGGUACCUGGUGGAGACUCCAAGCGAACGCUUUUCUCCAGGAACAUCCCAGGGGGAAUCCAAUUCAUGAGGAGCUGAUGCCGUGACCUCGGAGGCGUGGAGAAGCUCACACAAGCUGGGUGAAAGGGCUACCAGCCCUCUGGCCAUGUCAGGGGGACAACUUUGGCUUUCAACUUCCAGACUCCAAGAACAUCAGGAGAAGCUGGUGACGGCAUUGUCCACCUUAGAGACAGAGGAGUUGUUCUGGUCUCUUCUUUCCAUCAGGAUGUUUUUUUUGAUAUGAACCCGGCAGAACGUAGAUUUUUUUUUUCCUUUUCUUUUCUUUGGGAUGCUUUGCAGGGUAGCAGAAAAGGUGGUAUCUUAGUUGGGGCACAGAUCCAUGUAAUUCUUGUGUUCCAUUUUGCAGAAGAGAGCAGAUGAGCUAAUUGAUGAAUUUGAAAUCCUUCCACAAAAAGACAAGAAACGUCUGCCUUGAAUCUUUAUUUUCUUGUAAUUUAUUACGAUUUCGGUCAUUACCAGUUAUUUUGUUGCUGCUGAUGUUUUCACAGUUCUGUCCUUGACAGUUGUUAAAAUGCAUUGAUAGUGCUGGAUGUUUUAUUUAUUAAAGUAUUUCCACCCUGUC